UAUUGUGUGCUGCUCGUUGCGCUCGACUCGCAGUCGCCGUCGUGACUUUUUGUGUGUGUGUAGUCUGCGUUUGCCAUUCCAAAUAAAGUGAAGAAGUUUACUAUACAAUAAUUAAAUUUAAAUGUGUAAUGGCAAAGAGCGUUUUCGUCGUCGUUUUUUCGUCGUCGUCUAUGUCAGGGUCAUCACUUAUUAUUAAAUCGGAUUGCGAGCCCACACAAAAGUAUAAAGACCUCCAGCAGCAGAAGCAAAAUUAACAAAGAGAGCAACAACUGCAAGAACAGGAACAACAACAACAGUAAGUGGCAAAGCAGCGAGAAGCGACAGCGAAUUAUCUUCUAGUCCAGGAUUUUUGAUCAAAAUCAAAAGCAGCAGCAACAAACAACAAAAAUUUGAUAUUUUUGGCCUCUUCGUUUGACGAAGAAUAAAAGAAUGCAGAUAGAGUCGCAGUUAUAUUUUGCUUGUAUAUGUGUGUGAGAGCGCGGGAGCGACGAAGCAGGAGGAGCGAUAAUAAUAAACGUAUGUGUGGUCUGUAAUUAUUAUUAUUAUUAUUGUAAUAAUAUAAUCGUCACAAGCGGUUGUUGUUUGCUGUACGUUGAGAGAAGAGCAUCAUUCAAAAUUGCUUGUGGCAUAAAAAACACCAAAAAAACAACAACAACAAGAACACUCAACAGACAAACUCAACAGUUACUUUUGAAAUGAUAACGACAGCAGUAUCGCAAACAAUGCAACGAGGAUAAUAAUAAAGUGGAAUACAAAACUAAACGCAAUAAAUAAUACAACAGAACCAAACCAAAACAACAACAAAAUUAUUAUUAGCGUAAGCAUAAAGUAUUGAAAAGUUUUAAGAGAAUAAGUAAAAAGGAGGGGAAAAAACAAACAAACAAUAAAAAACACAGAAAAGUGAGAGCGAGCCGCGGUCGCAGACGCUGGCAGAAAAAAAUCAGCGAGCUUCAAAAUUCCAUGGUAUUAUUAUUAUUAUGUGUCGUAUAAACAUAAAUGUACAUGCAUAAUUUUUAAAAAUUGCAAUACAACACACGCAUACAACCACAAAUUGUUUUUGUCCAUUGUCCCGUUAUAAUUGUUGGCAAGCGACUAAAUCAGCGACAGUUUCAACGAAUUUUCCCACCACACCAACUCACAAAAUAAUAAGAAAAUCACAUCUACAUUCACACACACACACAUAUAGUCUCACACACAACCGAUCAACAGUCAACUCACUACUCGCACAACGAAAACCGCAAUAGUAAAGAAAAGAAGAACGAGAAGAAUAGUAAUUGAGAGCAAGAAUAACAACAAAUAAGAAGAAAGAAGUAAAGAAAGCAGAGCCACAGUCAGAGCCGCAGUCGAUAUACAAUUUGCUGUUGUUAAUAUUAUUAUUAAUUGUUGGUUGUUGUUUGAGACAAACAAAUAAACGCUGCGAGUGCCAACAAUUGGCGAAAUGACCACAAUGGAUGAACACGCCAGCGCUGCUGGCGGCGGCGUCAACAUUGGCGUUAGCAAAUUGGCGGCUUCUCAAGCAGAAGAGCAGCAGCCGCAGCAGCAGCAACAACAACAACAACUGCCGCAGCAGCAUCGAACUUCUUUGACAACGCUAUGCGACGAUUCAACAUCGUCUUCGGUGCUCCUCGAGGAUUCCGAUUUGAGCAAUACGAGCAGCACAAGCAGCACCAGCAGCAAUUCAUCCUCGGCAAUAGACUCCGAUACGGGCAAGGGGAGCACGGUGGGCAGCAUCGAUGUGGCCAAUGUUUCAUCAUCUAGCAUUGGAUCUGCCGCAUCGAUUACCUCAUCUGUCUCAACGGCACCAUCGACGGCUAAUUCGACCUCAUCGGGCCUAGGUUUGGUGAUCGAUGUCGAUAGCAGCAGCUGCAGCCAGGAAUUAAAUCAUACAUUCGAUGGAAAGAGCGCCACUGAGCUGGACUCGCUGGAGGACUCGUGCGCAUCCAUUAAGGAUGCCGAUAAGCUGUGCAAACUAUGCAACUCUCGUUUGGUUAUGCCGCGCAUACUCGCGUGCCUGCACGUCUUCUGCGAAGACUGUCUACAGAGCUUGCUGGCCAAGGAUGCAAUGAUGGGGCAUGGAACGCGCGGCUCCAAUUCGCCGGCUGCUUCGCUCUCCUCGGCCGCCUCGUCGGCCUCAUUCGAUGGCAGUGAGCAUCAACAGCGUUUGCAUUCAACAGCAUCGACAGGUAAUGGAUGUAACGGAAAUGGAGGCGCUUCCAGUUUGCUAGAGUGUCCUGCUUGCAAGCAACCAACACAGCUGGGGCCGCGUGGCAUUAAGGGUCUGACCUGUGACUACAUUUUAACAAACAUACUUGACCUAUCGAAUCUGGAAUCGGAGCAUAUACCCUGCACAUCGUGCAAGAGCAAGGAGGAUGCCAUUUCCCGUUGCAAUGAUUGCGCUAAUUUUUUGUGCAACGGCUGCGAUAAUGCCCACAAAUAUAUGUGUUGUUUCGAAAAUCAUCAGGUGGUGCGCAUCGAGGAUCUGCAGAAGAAUGUGCAGGAUAAGCUAAUCAUACACAAACCCAUCUGCUGCCGCACGCACAUCAAUGAGAAUCUCAAAUACUACUGCUUCACCUGCCAGGUUCCCACCUGCAAUGAUUGCUUGCUUAGCGAGCAUAAAGGGAACGAUCACCACUAUGAUACGGCCUGUGUGGCCGAGCAAUCAGUGCGCGCCGAUAUGGAGCAGACGAUCCGUGAAACAAUGAAGAAGGCUCUUUAUUGUAACGAUGCCGGCUCCAACCUAACCAGUGCUUUAACGGAACUGCAGAGCCAACACGACAACGUCCGUCAACAGAUCGAUGAAGCGUAUGUUAACUAUAAACGAUUGCUGGAGACCAUACGAGAUGAAUUGCUGACCGAGCUGGGUCGUCUUCAUUCGGAACGGGAGCUCAAGAUUAUGGAUAUGAUGCAGGGAUUGGAGAACAAUAUGGGCCGGCUGGAGGAUGCUGCAAAAUUUGGUCAGCGUGCCGUUGACAAGGCCAAUGCCGUUGAGUUUCUGCUCAUGAAACCAGUCAUUAGUUCCCAGUGUCAAUAUCUGAUGGAACACACGCCCCGUUGCGAUGUCAACUAUAUGCUUGAGUUCGACACGAAACCAGAGAAAUUUGAACAAUUUGCGCGCGAUGUGUUUGGAAAAUUUCGCACUGAGGCCGUAAUACAAAAGGAGUACCAACUACCGCCGAAUCUGCCACCGAAUCUGGCGCAUAGUGGUUUACUUUUAAACCGCAGUGCUGCUAGUGCAGCGGCGGCAGCAGCGUCGUCCGCCUCCGGGGGCAACAAUUCAGUACAAGGUCGUCUCAGUUCGGCCGCCGGCUUCAGUCCCAUCUCGUUGCCCUCAUCGCUGCAGAGCUCCUUUGACGGUGACACGUCAGUUAUGACCAACUACUCCAUGAUGAGCACAUUGCCACCAGAUUCGCCGCAGCAGGCACAGAUGCCGCAGGUACAGCCACAGCCCUCCAUACCGCAGCCGCAGCAGGUGCCGGCACAGGCCCACCCUCAAGUUCAGGCACUGCAGAAGCAGCAACACCAACAGCAGCAACAACAUCAGCAACAACAGCAGCAAGUCCAACAACAAAAGCAUCAGCAGCAACAACAACACCAGCAGCAGCAACAACAGCAACAGCAGCAGGCAUUGCAAUCCCAUGCUGGUGGCCCACUUACCGUGCAACAACAGCCACAACAGCAGCCGGUGCCACAACAAAUUGCACAAAUCGUGACCGCCCAGGGCAUUGUACAGGUCCAGCAGCAAGCUGGACACGUUAAUCUUCAGACUGGGCAGGCGGGUGCGCUGCAUCCGGCCGCUGCUGUUGCGGCUGCAGCAGCCGCUGCCGCUGCUUCCGGCAAUACUGCUGGCAUAUCUGGCCUCAACGGGCUCAACAAUCUGGCCAAUAUGGGCGGCAGUGGCAUGAAUGGUGCGCUGGCCAUCAAUGGUAGCAAUUCUGUCGGUGGUCCGCCGCCUCCAUUCAGCAUGCUUGAGUAUAAUUUGUCCCGUCUGGCCAGUCUCAAUGAGAACUCCAUCCCUGAUACACUGAACGAUGCCCUCGCCGUCGGCAGUCCCAAUCAGGUGGCCAACAGCGGUACUGCCGCUCAUCAUCAGAAUGCUGUCAUGCCGGCCUCGGCAGUUACGCCCACACAACCGAUUACACUGGCCGACAUACUAUCCGGUGACCAGCGAGCGCUCAACAAUCUGCAGGCUCUGGCCAAGCUCGGCCUUAACAAUAAUGACGACCUCAAUAACGAUGACGGCUCAUCGUGCAUUGAUUGUAUUUUGACAGAUUUCUGUAUGCCGGCGGCCACAUCGCCCAAUCUACAGACUCUCAAUCCGAUUGUAGGUGGUGUCGAGGAUAUGGGCCUUAAUAAUUUCCAUGCUGUAGCACCACCGGGCACCACCAGUGUUGUUACCGGUCGCAACAAAGCCACACCGAUGCAAAUACGCUGCAAAUUUGGCUCUCUGGGCACAGCGAAAGGUCAAUUCAAUUCACCGCAUGGCUUUUGUCUGGGCGUGGAUGAGGAAAUCAUUGUCGCCGAUACGAAUAAUCAUCGCAUCGAGGUGUUCGAUAAGAUGGGUGCUCUUAAGUUUCAGUUCGGUGUCGCCGGCAAGGAGGAGGGCCAACUCUGGUAUCCCCGCAAGGUGGCUGUCAUGCACAACAAUGGAAAAUUCGUGGUUUGUGAUCGCGGCAAUGAGCGCUCCCGUAUGCAAAUAUUUUCCAAGUGCGGCCACUUCAUGCGUAAGAUAGCCAUAAGAUACAUCGAUAUUGUGGCUGGAUUAGCGGUCACCGCCAAGGGCCAUAUUGUUGCCGUCGAUAGCGUUUCGCCCACUGUUUUUGUGAUCUCCGAGGAGGGUGAAUUGGUGCGUUGGUUCGAUUGCAGCGACUAUAUGCGUGAACCAUCUGAUAUAGCCAUACGCGACAACGAUUUCUAUGUGUGCGACUUUAAGGGCCAUUGUGUGGCCGUUUUCCAGGAGGAUGGCACCUUCCUCUACCGCAUUGGGAACGAAAAGGUCACCUGUUUCCCCAAUGGCAUCGACAUAUCGAAUGCUGGCGAUGUGCUCAUCGGCGACUCCCAUGGCAAUCGCUUCCAUGUUGCCUGCUAUUCGCGCGAGGGCGCCCUCCAGUCCGAGUUCGAGUGUCCACAUGUUAAGGUUUCACGAUGUUGCGGUUUGAAAAUCACCUCCGAAGGCUAUGUGGUAACCCUGGCUAAGAACAAUCAUCAUGUAUUAGUUUUGAAUACCCUCUAUGUUCACUGAUUGCAAAUCAAAGCGCGAAACAAUCGUCCAGCUGUCGAUAUGAACAAAUAUAAUUACAAAUACUCAUCGGGUAAAAUUUAUGGUUGCCGUCGGCAGCAACAACAUCAACAACAACAACAACAGCAGCAACAGAAAACAAGUGAAGUCAACAAUGGCAAUAGCUAUAGGAUUGCGCAUAGCAGCCGAUGCAUCAACGGACUCUCAUGCAGGAAACAAAACAACAACAAUAACAGCAGUUUCGAAAGCAGCAGCAACAACAACAAUAGCAAUAAUUCCAGCAACAACAUCAACAACAAUAGCAGCAAUAAUAAUAAUGAUGCCGAUUUGCCCAACAGCAACAACAAAGCCGAGACGCCGCCGCCAUUGUAAAUGAGAAACUAGAGUAACAACAACAUCAAUAACAACAAGAACAACAACUACGGUGUGCAAAACAAACAUCAACAAAACAGAAAGAAAAGAAUAACAGGCAAUUGAAAAAUGUCGUAUUAUUUAGAGAAAUAUUGCGACAACAAUUGCCAACAACGUUGCUUUCUAAAUAACAACAAGAACAACAACUUCGGUGUGCACAACAUACAUCAACAAAACAGAAAGAAAAUAAUAACAAGCAAUUGAAAAGUGUCGUAUUAUUUAGAGAAAUAUUGCGACAACAAUUGCCAACAACGUUGUUUUGUAAAUAACAACAAGAACAACAACCACGGUGUGCAAAACAAACAUCAACAAAACAGAAAGAAAAUAAUAACAAGCAGUUGAAAAAUGUCGCAUUAUUUAGGGAAAUAUUGCGACAACAAUUACCAACAACGUUGUCUUGUAAAUAACACACAUUAAUUUAUAAUUUUAAAUUUAUAAUUAAUAAAAAGUAAAAACAA